AUGACGGAGUCCGUCUCUGAAGCUCUCUGGUGGGUGCUUCUUGGCGCUCUCAUCCCUCUUGUCACCUUGACGCUGACCACGCUCUUGGACCGCUGGGUGUCUCGUCGAAGGAAGCGGCAAAUGGAAGUGGCGAGAGCACAGGCAGCAAAGGAAGGCAAGACAACCUGGAUGGAACCCAAUGUACACAACAGCACAGGGAAGACAAACGGCAAUGGCAGCACCAUCCACGACGCAGUGAAGGGGAGUAAAGGGGGAGUAGAUGUCAAGAAGAUACUUAUCGCAUAUGCCACUCAAUCUAACACGGCAUGUAAACUGGCACACAAACUGUUUUCUACACUGAGCACCGCGUUGCAUGAAUCAAGAGAUGAAAUGCAAGGAGGUUCCUCUUCUUGUGUUUGUUCUGAAGGGCCAUCGUCAUGCUGCGCCACAUCCCACACGGCACGUCAUUUGCCCAAAUUGAAAGUGCUGCAACUCACAGAGGAGGGGCGACAGUGUGGCGUAGAGUAUCUGCUGGAAAGUCAAGCCUAUGGCCUUGUUAUUCUCAUUGCGAGUACAUAUACAGAUGGAACCGCUCCAGAGUCGUCGCAGGUGUUUGCGAAUCUUCUGCAGGACGCAUAUACAGACUUCCGUGUGCCUCGUGAUACUCUUGCCAAGAAGAAGUUUGCCAUCUUUGGCUUAGGCGAUAUCGCGUACGGGGAAAAGCACUUCAAUCGCUUUGCAAAGAACUUGUAUAUGUGGUGCAAAGGCCUCGGGGCGACGUUUGUGGUGCCGCCGGUGUAUGCGAGUGAGGCAAACACGAUUCCCCUUUUUAACGUGUUUGCGGCAUCUUUGGUGAAGUGGGUUGGUCGUGUCACCUUCACCGCGGAUGGUGUGACGAUUUUAAAAAGACAGCAAAAACAGCUGAAGGAAAAGAAGGAAAAGGGGCAACUAAAGUUGUGUAAUGAUGUGAAGUUACAAGGACAUGCCACUUAUAACAGCGAAGAAGAUGAAGAGGACGAAGAGAGGGAAGAGGAGGAUGAAGAAAACGGCAGAAAGAAGCGGAAUCACAACAGUGAAGGCGAUGUCGAGGAUGUCGUGACGGAUGAUGAGGAUGAGGGUGAAGAUGUCAACGGCCAAAGUGGCAGUGUGGAUCAUGCGGUACGGGCUUUAUCCAGUGAGCCACCGGAGUUGUUGUACCCGCGGCUACGUCAAAAUCUGCAGCGUCAGGGGUAUCAUCUUGUCGGCUCCCACAGUGGUGUGAAGUUGUGCCGCUGGACGAAGGCGAUGCUACGGGGCCGUGGUGGGUGUUACAAGCACACCUUUUACAACAUCGUUUCCCAUCAGUGUAUGGAGAUGACACCGAGUCUGGCGUGUGCCAACAAGUGUGUCUUCUGCUGGCGACAUCACACGAAUCCUGUUUCACGCUCAUUUCGCUGGAAAGUUGACCCACCGCAGUUACUGAUCGCGGAAGGGAUUGCGGGGCAUCAGAAGAUGAUGAAGCAGAUGCGUGGGGUGCCAGGUGUGACGCCCGAGCGACUGGAAGAAGGAAUGCAUGUACGUCACUGUGCCCUCUCACUCGUCGGGGAACCGAUUAUGUACCCGGAGAUUAACACCUUUGUUGAUCUUCUGCAUGAGCGAGGCAUCUCCUCCUUUAUGGUGACAAACGCACAGUUUCCUGAGCAACUACAUGCAUUGAAGCCAGUGACGCAACUGUACCUUUCCAUCGACGCCCCCACACCGGAGGAGUUGAAGCGUGUGGAUCGUCCAUUGUUUGAGGAUUACUGGGAACGCUGCCUAGCCUGCGUGCGGGAGCUGCGUCGUAAGCCGCAACGAACUGUGUUUCGUCUGACGCUUGUUAACCAAUACAACACGGAGAACGUUGCCGCCUAUGCUGACUUGGUGCGACUUGGCUGGCCGGACUUUAUCGAAGUCAAGGGCGUCACGUACUGCGGCACAAGUGCGGCAUCCACGCUGACAAUGAAGGAGAAUGUGCCGCGGCACGAAGAAGUGGUACGAUUCUGUGCGGCCCUCUGUGAGGCGCUGGCCUCCGAUACCGCUCCCAGGGACAAACGAACAUGGCUGGGCACCGAGCCGGAGACAGGACCCUUACAGCGCGAUCUUAACUGUGAUGAGAAAAGGACGUCGGUUAACAACAUGGAGAAUAACAACAGGAGGUGUAAUCGUAAGGAUGAGGAGGAAGGGGUGGGGAUAAAUUUUAGCGGUCCAUACAGCAUUGCAUGCGAACAUGAGCACAGUUGCUGCGUUCUCAUUGCCCUACGCCGCUUCCUAGUGAAUGGAGUUUGGCAUACAUGGAUUGACUAUGAGAAGUUUAAUGCAUUGGCCCGUAGUGGGCGGACGGAAUUUACAGCAGCGGAGUAUGCGGCGCCGACACCGUCAUGGGCGGUGUUUCGAUCAAAUGAAAAGGGCUUUGACCCCACACAAGUCCGCGU